AUGCCUAUUGCCUAGUGUUGAAGGAAAAGGGCGAUUAAAUCAACGGCAUCUUUCGAUCUACGCAAAAGCCACCAUUUCCCUCAAACUGUAUCAUAAAGUUCUAAACCAACCUCACAUUUCUCCUCCCUUUCCACUAUCGUCUCUCUCUAUUCAUUGCCGCCUGAAGAAGAAGAAAUGCAUGAACCAGAACCUGAUGCUGCUCCAUGGAGUUUUCUCAACAUCGACAGUAUUUUCAGUAACAGUUACUAUGGAGACAGCACCCAACAUGACGUCAAGAUUUGUCAUGAACAGUACAUUAGAGAUGAUCCAUGUGUCAACACUGAAAAUGAUGAGAUUGUUGCACAUUCUCUUCUACAUGAAGAAUUGUCGCAGUUGUCAAUUGAAGAACACCCAGUAUUAUCACAUUCUGGGGAGGUAUACUUGCAAGAUUCCACUGUCGCCCCAGAUUGGCAUGAUUCUUCAAGUAACUAUUAUACAGAAGAUGUAGGCCGAGACGGUAGCGCAUAUGAGAGUGAUGAUGCAGGGAGCCCAUGCUCAAGCCCUGGGGAUAGAUCAUGCGAUGGAGAUGAUUACUCCUGUAAUCUGGAUAUAAUGGAUGAGUCGGAACUUGAUGGAGAAGUUGAGAAGAGGUUGUAUGAAAUGGUUCCUGUUCCUCAUAUUCCAAGGAUUAAUGGGGACAUACCUUCAGUAGACGAAGCAACUACUGACCAUCAAAGGCUGCUGGAUAGGUUAAAGAUGUAUGGCUUGAUUGAGCACAAAGUUCAAGGAGAUGGAAAUUGUCAGUUUCGUGCUUUAUCUGAUCAGUUCUAUCGGACCCCUGAACACCAUAAAUUUGUCAGAAAGCAAGUUGUCCGUCAGCUCAAAGCACAUCCAGAAAUGUACGAGGGGUAUGUCCCCAUGGAAUUUGCUGACUACUUGAAUAGGAUAUCCAAGAGGGGGGAGUGGGGUGAUCAUGUCACUCUGCAAGCUGCUGCAGAUUCGUAUGGUGUCAAGAUUCUUGUACUAACUUCAUUCAAAGAUACAUGCUACAUCGAGAUACUCCCGAAAGAACAAAAGUCAAAAAGAGUUGUGCAUUUGAGUUUCUGGGCUGAGGUACAUUACAACUCCAUUUAUCCCCAGGGAGAUCUGCCUCCGAGUGAUUUUAAGAGGAAGAAAAAGUGGUGGAACUUCCGAAACAAGCAGUAGAAAUGUUGAGGUAUUGAUCGAGUUCUGCAUCGCUCUGCGUACAAUAUAUGAGAUGACAUCGUCGAUAAGUUUAUCUUCAUUAUUAUUGCGUUAUACUAUUAUAUGUUGCCGUAAAUAAUUAAGUAUUACACGUCCGCAUAUCAUAAAUUCAUAAUUUAUCAUCUUUCUUUUUA